CGUUCUUCGAAGACUCGCAAUGGAAUAUUUUUUAUUUAAAUUUACUGCAUAUUUAUUGUUUUAUAAUCUUAAGCAUUACUCUUUUCAUUUUCCCGACAUGAGAGGGCUUUAUAGUUUUAUAUUGGCAGCCGCAAACUGUAUACGGUCAAAACCGAAAACUCAGGUCUACGUUGAAAGUGACUGUCUUGUAAUAAACCGCAAGUAUUUAAUAUAAGGAAAGUGACAGUUUCCUAUUCACUCCAGAAGAAUGCAUACACUUCAAGACUAAAUAACAAAAACUGAUUAUAAACUGGCUUUAUCGCCGAUAAGCAUCAAUGCAAAGCUUUAAUCGGUUCAACAGAGCACCAUAUCUAAAAUUUAGGUCUGCAUUUGAUAGAUUUCAACAAUGUGACAUUUUCCAGUUAUUAUAUUAGCAUUCAUUACUUAUUAGUAUCCGCUGUAGUUUCAUACCAUGUUCCCAGAUUAUAGCGGAUAUAUAGCCGAGCAUCAUUAUAUGUACACAUUUAAAGCUGAAUCGUGUUACUAAAUCAUUAAAUCGCAUGUGUGCAAGCAGGCCAUCAGAACUGUACUACAACCAGCAAAAUAUGACCGAUGUUGAUUUGUUUCUAAAUUCGCAUGGAAAAAAACACACACUCAUAUUACGAUAGAGUUUCAAGUUUGGUAAUGAAUUAUUUACACACAUUUUGGUCGUCUUUGGUUACCUAGAUUUAAAGAAAAACGUGAUUUGAACUGGGCCUUUAUAUUGUAAAGAUAAACAUUCUGAUCGUGUUAUAUCAAGAUUUAUUGAAACGUGUUGUCUCUAGAGUCGUUACGAGAAAAAUGAAGACACAUGUCACAUCACGACAGACGCCGGACAAAUCACAAUACUAGUAGCUCACAUUGAAAACGUUUUGCUCAGGAAAGCUUUUAAAUGAAUGAAAUAAUACAGUUCACAUUGUUUAGUAGUUAACUACAAAAACAGUAUCUUCAGUAUAGCAUAUCUAUAAAACUAUAAAAGUGAAACAAAAAAACAAAUAGUCUUACAUUCAGAACUCCUAUGGUCGCAAGUUUACUAGAUUUAUAAUCUUAGCAGUACUGAGUGUUAAGUGUGAAGUGGUCUUUUUAAAAUGCGUAUCGUUCAAACACCAAUGUGCUUUAUCAGAUAGUGAGACAUGAAAACAAAUAUGAGCCUGCAUGUGAACGAGAUUGGAAAAAUUAAAAAAACGAUACGCUAAAUUUAAAUUUAAGCGAAUAAAUAUGACUGGUUUAGAUGGGUAAAGUUUAUCAACCAGUCACUAACAACUAAAGAUAAAACAACAACAGUUACUGAUAACUAAAUGACAAAGAACCCUUAACCAGAGGUACAUGUACAUGCGUUGAUGCUACUUGUCUUUUAAGUAUUCCGUUUUAAUUCGACUAUCUCUAUUUGGAUAGUCCCAAUUGUUUUAUCUUUGAAUAACUUUACAGUUGACGAUUUGAACUUUUUGGCUUGUAAAGUAGUAUUGAAACACUUAAGUAUGUAUACACAUUUGUACACAUGAUAACCUAUGUUCCGUCUAGCAUGGUUUCACAUUUAAUUAAAUGCAUAACCGUUGGAUUUAUUUUCGCUUUUGUAUUCAACUACUCUAAGGCGCUUAUUACGGAUCCUUGUGCAGAUCUGCCAUGCAGUAUUUACGGGACUUGUAACAUUACUAUACAGGGACUUUGUAGAUGUAUUCAAGCGGGACAUCAGCUUCCAAAUUGUACCGACAUCGACGAGUGUAUAAGCGGUCACAGAGAUGUAUGUUUGCAUAGAGGAUUUUGCAAUAACACUGAUGGCGGUUUCAUAUGCACGUGUCUAGCUGGUUGGGAGGGCAAACAUUGUCAAGAUCGAAACAAAUCGGUAAAUGAAACGUGCAUGCCAGGUUAUUUUGGCGAUGGGUGCAAAAAUACUUCUUGUGACCAUGGGUAUCCCGAACAUAAUCCAGACUUCCACAUCACAAAUAAUACAAUACGAUGCGUUUGUGAUGAAGGCUGGAACAAGUCACGUCCGGAUUCACCGUGCGAUAUGGAUAUCGAUGAAUGUUUAGAAACAAACCCUUGUUUAAACAGCGGCACUUGCAGUAAUACAAAUGGAAAUUAUCAUUGUUCGUGUGUUUUCCCAUGGUCUGGCAAGAACUGUUCUGAAACCAAAACAGAAGAAACAACCACGUUCUUGUCUAGAACUUCAACAUCUCAAGAAACAGUGAACGUAGGUCCUAUGAAUGCACUAAGGUCUUCAGGUAACGUUUGCCGUGGCCCUGGCACUGGACUGGCGGCUGGAUUGUCUGUUGGAGGGAUUGUUGUUAUUGCCGUUGUAAUCGUAUUUUUGGUGCUGAAAUUUAAGUACAAGCACUCGUCAUCUGAUAUACUAUCCUGCAAGCUUAAGCGGUCCGUUAAAGUUAGUGCGUCCCUAGAAUCUUUCGGAGAGAACACACACGAGAUCGGACACACCCAAUGAAGAUCUGAUUUCCCGAAAAACACAAAGCACUAGGCCCUGCCACUGUCAAUCAGCAUUCUAAGAUAGACACUGAACGAUGAGAAAGAUUUAACUUUCUAUGCUUGUAUCCGUAUUUUAUUUUUCGUCCGUAUUUUUGUUUCCGUCCAUUUAAUUGUAUGUGUUGUCCAAAUAGUAUAUGAGCCGUUUAUUAAGUAGCACAUCUGCUUUGUUUCUGUUUAAAUUGUCUAAACAAUUCAUGCAAAUAGUAUUACCAAUUACGAAUAACAGAGACUUAAAUGUGAUUACCAUUUGCAUCUAUCCGUCUGUCUGUCUGUCUGUCCUUAACAAAAAAAUGGACAGGAGAAAAUCUCAUAAUCCUUUCAACGUACAAUUCAAACUGGCAAGCAUUGUUCCAUAUGUAACAUUUGGUGUGUAAAAUUGUAUAUUUGCCAUAUUCUAUGUUCCAUACAAUCGUGAUCAUAUAAACAAUGUACAAACAACUUUAUAAAGACGUGUAAAAAACAUAACUAAAACCUAAACACUCGUUUCCUCUGAAAUAAAUUAAAAGGUCCCUAACUCUACAUAUUCGGUAUGUAACAAUUCAUUGUAGCCAUCGACACAAUUUGUUCAAAUAAUACCCAUGGAGUAAAAACUAUACACUUAAAGAUCAAAUUUUUAUUAUUACCAUUGUCUGUACAUGUCAACAAAUAAUUAUACUGUUCGGUUUAGUGAGUGUUUUCUUCACUACAGUGAAAUCAUUGCAAAGUUCUAGUUGUAUCAGUUGUUAAUGUAAUGUGAUACUAAAUCGAGACUUUUCGAUAUGUGACUCACAUUAAUACACAUAAAAAGCUGUUCAUCCAUAGCCGAUAUUUAUGAAUGUUUUAAUUUUUUGCGUAUACCAAAUAUUUGGAUUGUAAAAUGGUAUGCGCUGAACAUACACUCAACCUUAAAUGCUGUACUAGAGAAAUCGCUCUGUAGACAACAUACUGAGGAAGUUUUUGUUAUUGUCGGCUCUGACUUACGUUUUGAGGGCUAUGAAACAAUUAUUUAUAAAAAGCAAAUAUCUCAUUUAUAUUUCACCCGAAUAUUAUGUAUACAAGGUAGAUAUUUGCAAUUGUUUAAUACAUCGAAUAUAAAGAACAAACAAAUACAUGUUGUUCCGUUCUUGUAUUGAAGUACAUUUUGAAUGUCUUAUAUAUUUGCGAAAAAACUCAGCAUGUACAGAACAUUGUUGCUUUUUAUGAUGAAUAAUACGCCACUUCAGGUCUGUAUCAUUUAGGUUGUUGUUAUAAAUUUUAAAAUGAUUUGUUUGUUAUAUAACUUGAAAUUAUGUCGUAUUGGCUGCUUUGAAUUAUAUCUGCAAGUACUAUUAUGUUGUAAUUUAGUAACUUAUAUUACAUUUUCCAAGAUGCAUUUGCAUGUAUGUUUUGGAGAUAAUUAAUUGUCUUCAAGGGAUGGUGAUUACGUUGGCCAUUGUAAUCCAUCCGACUGUGAACAUUUAUUUCCGAAACACUCUAACAAAAUUUACACGAAAAUUAAUACACCGGGAACGUCUUAAGAGUAUAACAUAACAAUAACUACACUGGUAACAUAUCAAGGGAUUCACGCGACAAAUACUACACCGGAAUCAUAUCAAGAGAUUCACACUACAAUUACUUUAUCGGAAACAUAUCAAUAGAUUCACACGACGAUUACUACACCGGAAUCACACAAGACAUUCACACGACAAUUACUACACCGGAAUCACAUUAAUACAAUUCACACGACAAUUCCUACACCGGAAUCAUAUCAAGAGAUUCACACGACAAUUACUACACCGGAAUCGCAUCAAGAGAUUCACACGACAAUUACUAUACCGGAAUCACAUCAAGAGAUUCACACGACAAUUACUACACCGGAAUCACAUCAAGAGAUUCACACGACAAUUACUACACCGGAAACAUAUCAUGAGAUUCACACGAGAAUUACUACACCGGAAUCAUAUCAAGUGAUUUACACGACGAAACUUACUACACCGGAAACGUCUCAGAGAGAUUAACACGACCAAUACUACAGCCAGGUAUAGAAACCGAUAAAGGUUUCACAAAGCGAUACUUAAAUAAAGCAAUAUUUCACGAAACAAAUAAUUGAACUGUUUCAAUAAGAUUGCGUUGAAGAGACUCGAGCCUAGAACCAUAAUUCAGAGCAAUACUGUGCUAACGCAAUUAAAUAGAUAAGCUGAAGAGUCGCUCAUGCGUUGCAUUAUUGUAUACUUUUCCACAAUGCAUCUAGUAUUAAAAAGAAUAUCACGCUUUUUAGAUGCGUCAGUGAUAAUUAGACUCAGCCAACCCAGUAUACGCAAAACGAUGUCGCCAUUAAUAAAGGCAGUAUUUACAACAUUGGUGGAAACUUUGAAUACUUCCGUCAUAGUCGCAUCAAAAAGAUCAUGAUGUUGUUGCUGUUUUGUUUUUGUUUUUGUUUUUCAAAUUUCACCAUUUUGAAAGAAAUUAUUAUUUAAUGUAAAAAUGUAUAUUAAGAUGCUAUAAAUAAGAUGCGUAUGUUGGUUUUAAAUCUUGAAACGCCAGUCAUAUU